UUGACUAUCGCUGCGUUGUUUAUUUAUCAGUCGACACUUGUUUUGUUUUUACACACUAAAACCAUUUCUAAUUGCAAUAAGGGCAAGCUAUUCGUAAAGGGCAUUUUAUGGCAGUCAUAAUUUUAUGUGACAUUUUGCCUUUUACAAUUGUGAAAUUAUUAAGGAAAACUUGCAACAAUGUUUGAGGCACGCUUGAGCAGCACAGCGCUGCUAAAAAAGAUUGUGGAUGCGCUCAAAGAGAUAUUACACCAAAGCACACUCGACUGCAGCGAUUCUGGCAUACAGUUGCAGGCCAUGGACAAUUCGCAUGUCUCGCUGGUAUCCAUGAGCCUGCGUAGCGACUGCUUUGAGAAAUAUCGCUGCGAUCGCAAUUUGUCGCUGGGCCUGGAUCUCAGAUCCCUGACCAAGGUGCUCAAGUGCGCCAGCGGCGAUGAUGCCGUCACCAUCAAAAGCGCGGACAAGGCGGACAAGCUGCAGCUGAGCUUUGAGUCGGCCAGCAUGGAUCGUACCGCCGACUAUGAGCUGCGUCUGCUCAAUCUGGACCAGGAACAUUUGGCCAUACCCGAGACAGACUACGCUUGCGUGGUUCACAUGCCAGCCACGGAAUUCGCACGCAUCUGUCGCGACCUGUCCACGUUCAGCGAGUCUGUGGUGAUUGCCUGCACCAAGGAUGGCAUUAAAUUCUCUGCCAACGGCGAGAUGGGUUCGGUCAACAUUAAGCUGAGUGAAACCAGCAAGGGAGAUGUUAGCGUGCAGGUGGAGGAGCCAGUCACACUCUCCUUUGCCGGACGCUAUUUGAACACUUUUACACGUGCCACGCCCCUGUCGGAGAAGGUGAAGAUUAGCAUGGCGCCCGAAGUGCCGCUGCUGGUGGAGUAUCCCAUUGAGGAUUACGGCUAUAUACGCUACUAUCUGGCGCCCAAAGUGGACGAACCAGAUAGCUGAGUGCAAUUUUGAAUUGUAUGUGCAAUAUUUGUUUUGUUAACUCUUAUAUUAAUAAGUUGUUGACUUUUCACCGAA